GGGGCGCCGCAGGUCCCACUGCGUCGCCCCAGCCGCCUCGCAAUCGGAUUGCGGCGGAGGCCGGUCCUGGCUUUGUAGCUCGCUCAAGAUGGCGGCGCAGCCACCCAGCGGGAUCCGCCUCAGCGCGCUCUGUCCAAAGUUUUUACAUACAAAUUCCACUAGUCACACUUGGCCAUUCAGUGCAGUUGCUGAAUUGAUAGAUAACGCUUAUGAUCCUGAUGUGAAUGCUAAACAGAUAUGGAUUGACAAGACCGUGAUAAAUGGCCAUAUAUGCUUGACAUUCACUGAUAAUGGGAAUGGUAUGACUUCUGAUAAAUUACAUAAAAUGCUAAGCUUUGGCUUCAGUGACAAAGUCACCAUGAAUGGUCAUGUCCCAGUUGGAUUGUAUGGGAAUGGCUUCAAGUCAGGUUCUAUGCGUUUGGGUAAAGAUGCAAUAGUUUUUACCAAAAAUGGAGAAAGUAUGAGUGUGGGCUUCUUGUCUCAGUCCUACUUGGAAGUCAUUAAAGCAGAACAUGUUGUUGUCCCAAUAGUGGCGUUCAACAAUCACCGGCAGAUGAUUAAUUUAACAGAAUCAAAAGCAAGCCUUGCUGCAAUUCUGGAACACUCUCUGUUUUCUACGGAACAAAAAUUACUGGCAGAACUUGAUGCUGUUAUGGGCAAGAAGGGGACGAGGAUCAUCAUUUGGAAUCUUAGAAGCUACAAAAAUGGAGCAACAGAAUUUGAUUUUGAUAAGGAUAAAUAUGACAUCAGAAUUCCUGAGGAUUUAGAUGAGACAACAGGAAAGAAAGGCUACAAGAAGCAAGAAAGAAUGGACCAAAUUGCCCCUGAGAGUGACUACUCGCUGAGGGCGUACUGCAGUAUAUUAUAUCUAAAGCCAAGAAUGCAGAUCAUCUUACGUGGGCAGAAAGUGAAGACACAGCUAGUUUCGAAGAGCCUUGCCUACAUUGAACGUGAUGUUUAUCGACCCAAAUUUUUGACUAGAACAGUGAGAAUUACUUUUGGAUUCAACUGUAGAAAUAAAGAUCACUAUGGGAUAAUGAUGUAUCACCGGAACAGACUCAUCAAAGCUUAUGAAAAAGUUGGAUGUCAGUUACGGGCAAACAACAUGGGUGUUGGAGUAGUUGGAAUUAUAGAGUGUAAUUUUCUAAAGCCAACUCAUAAUAAACAAGAUUUCGACUAUACUAAUGAGUAUAGGCUUACAAUAACAGCACUAGGAGAUAAGCUUAAUGACUACUGGAAUGAAAUGAAAGUGAAGAAAAAUGCAGAAUAUCCUCUAAAUUUGCCAGUUGAAGAUAUACAGAAGCGUCCUGAUCAGACUUGGGUUCAAUGUGAUUCCUGUCUAAAAUGGCGAAAACUACCAGAUGGGAUAGAUCAACUUCCCGAAAAAUGGUAUUGCUCCAAUAACCCUGACCCACAGUUCAGAAAUUGUGAUGUUCCAGAAGAACCUGAAGAUGAGGAUUUGGUGCAUCCCACUUAUGAAAAAACCUACAAAAAGAGAGACAAGGAAAAAUUCAGGAUCAGACAACCGGAAAUGAUUCCUCGGCAGAUUAAUGCUGAACUGUUGUUUCGGACAGCCCCUGUUUCAAGUCAAAGCUUUUGUCCUGUGAAGGACAGUGUUCCAAGAGGACAUCUUUCAGAAGCAGCAAAUACUUACACAAGACUUAUUAAUAAUAAUCGAGUUUCACCCCAGUCUGAACCUGAGAGCAAUAGCCUGAAACGGAGACUUUCUGUUCGUUCCUCAAUUUUGAAUACCAAGAGUCGGAGAUUGACUAGUCAGACGUUUGAAAAUUCAGCUUAUAAAGAUGAUGAUGAUGAAGAUGUCAUCAUCUUGGAAGAAAACAGUACUCCCAAACCUGCCGUAGAUCAUGAUAUUGAAAUGAAAUCGGAACAGGUUCACGUAGAGCAAAGUGGUGUUCAGGUUGAGAUUGUGGGUGAUAAUGAACCUUGCGGCCAGGCGAGUUCAACCAGCACCUCAUCGUCUAGAUGUGAUCAAGGAACUACUGCAGCUACACAGACUGAAGUACCGAAUUUGGUUGUUAAGAAGGAAGAAACCAUUGAAGAUACGAUAGACGCAAGGAAUGAUACAGCUGCACUGGCAUCCUUUGUAGAAGCUGAGGCAAAGGUACACGAAGCCCAGGAAACCUUUGAUAAAUCUGCAGGUGUUGCUGGCUGCCAGCUUAAUGAAGUGAGAAAUGAGCUACUUCUAGUUACUCAAGAAAAAGAAAAUUUUAAAAGACAGUGCCAUACACUUACUGACCAGGUGAAAGUGUUAGAACAGAGGUUACUGGAAAUGAAUGACAAAUACGUGAAGAAGGAAACUUGCCAUCAAGCUACUGAAACUGAUGCUGUAUUUAUACUUGAAAGUAUUAAUGGCAAAUCUGAAAGUCCAGACUACAUGGCAUCUCAGUAUCAGCAAGCUUUAGAAGAAAUAGAAAGGCUGAAAAAACAGUGUAGUGCUUUGCAACACGUGAAGGCUGAAUGCGGUCAGUGUUCUAAUAGUGAGAGUAAAAGCGAAAUGGAUGAGAUGGCUGUGCAGCUUGACGACGUAUUUAGACAGUUGGACAAAUGCAGUGUUGAGAGGGACCAAUAUAAAAGUGAGGUUGAAUUAUUGGAAAUGGAAAAAUCACAAAUCCGUUUACAGUGUGAAGAACUCAAAACUGAAAUUGAACAAUUGAAAUCUACAAGUCAACAAAUAGGAACAGUUUCAACUUCAAGUAACAUCGAGGAGUCUAUAAAUUAUGCUGAUGGGGAAAGCCUCAAACUUCGAUCUCUUCGCAUUAACGUGGGGCAGCUGCUGGCCAUGAUUGUGCCUGAUCUAGAUCUUCAGCAAGUAAAUUACGACGUUGACGUAGUUGAUGAGAUUUUAGGGCAAGUUGUUGAACAAAUGAGUGAAAUCAGUAGUACUUAGUGUACAUUUGAUGUGAAACAAUAAAAAUAUCUGCUUGAUGCUUUUGGUUGUACAGCUUUCAAAAUGUAAACAAUUUUGUUUUACAGAUACAAUAGGUAACAGAAGAACCAUAAUCUUUCCAUUAUGCUUUCAGAGUGUGUUGAAUUCUAUGCAUUCAAGCGUGGCCACAAAUAUUGUGGACACAUUAUCAUACCUUUUAAAAUAACUUGAGAAUUGUUGGUUAUUGAGCGGCUGAGAAUCUAACUCAAGAUUCUGUUUUGAAAUGUAAAUAUUUGUAAUUAGGUCUGCACAUAUUUUUUUAUUACACCAGAGAACUUCAGUGUUUUUCACCAAGAGCUUUUCAGGUUGCCCCCAACUCUUGUGCAGUCUUUUCUGGUUCCGCAAAGUGUAUUUUUCUCUGAGUUGAGGGCUGUGCCAUAAUACAAAUGGAAAUGUUACCUUUGAUUUUCUUAAGAAAAAAUUUAAACGGGAUUUUUAAAAAAAAUGUAAUAGCACGAGACUGGUUGUAAGUGAAUUGAGCAUUAAUGUUUCUUUUCUAUAAAUUCCUCUCUCCUAAAAUAUUUUAUUCAUGAAAAUAAGGAAGCAGAAACUGAGACCAAUUUGCCAGGAUUUUCUUGUGUUGAGAUGGCCAAUCAUGGUUAAAUAUAAAGUGUUUUUAUAGAACAAAGACAUGAUCUUUAAUAUAAAAGUAUUCAGAUGUAUUAAAUGUAUCAUCAAGUUUACUUUGAAGCCCAUUUUUGGCUGCUUGGUCAACAUGGAGUGGGCACAGUAAUUGUUUAAUAUUUCUUUUUGUGAAUUUUCCUGUACAGCAUUUCAUAGGAUUACUACAGGUUAAUAUGAGUUGAGGAAGACAAUCUUUCUCGAAAAUACUACAUAACCUUUAUUAUAUUACAGAUCUAAGUGUUUUAUCCUGGAGUGAGAGCAACAAACUGCCCUUCAUUUAUAGUAUUACAUGCCAUAAAAAAAUCAAGCUUAAAUUGGUUCCAUGUUUUCUGCAAUUUGAAAGAGAUGGCUUUCUAUUAAGUAUAACUAUGUAAAUAUAAUUAAAAGCAUAUUUUCCACAACUAAAAUGUGCAUUAUUUUUUUCAAAAUUUUAUCAUUGUUAUUUAUUUUUAUUUGUGUUUCUGAAUAUUCAAUUCUUGUUCAUUUUCUAUGUUUGCUUAAUUACAUGUCUGUUAUAUACAAUAUUAAAUUUUUACUGUGUAUUAACUUCUGGAAAGAGCAAAUAAAUGAAGAUUGUUUUUAUUUGCUUGAUAAAAUAAUCGAAAGUGUAUUUUUUGUAUGAAGCUGAUUUUCUGUCACAGUUGUAUCUGCCCAAAUUUUAAAAUAUCUUGUAAUAAAAAUAUAUAAUGCCUAAUUUUUCAGAUAUUACUUUAAAGAACUCUAUAUUAACUCCAAACUAUAUUUUUAAAACUGAAAAUGUAUCCCUUAGACCCUAGAUUGAGCUCCUUUUUCUAUAUUAUUUACAAGUUAUAUUUGAAGAUGAAGACUGUUUGCAUUAAGACUAAGACUGAUCUUAUCUUUACACAGAGAGAGCUGCGGUAUGUGUGCUUGUGUGUGUGUAACUUAAUUCUGCACGUAAGAAGAACUUUGUCUUUGAUUGUAGAGCAUGUCUCAUUGUGUGAAUAUUUAAAUUUAUGUGGUGGUUCUUUCUGGAAAUUGCCGUUUUUCCUUUCUAAUCAGCUUGUAUAUUGUUGCCGAAAAAAUAUAUUUUAUAUGGCUGUUAAUCUGUCUUAGUGGGAAAAUUAAUCAUCAAAUUAGUAAGAGAAACUUGUUGGCCAAAUUGGUUCUUUCAAAGUACUUAACAUAUUUUAACCCUUAAAGAAAACAUCGCCAAGAUACAAGGCUUUGAAAACGUGACUAACAAGAAGUGUAACAGGAGAUUGUGGGCUUUCAUGAUAUGCAUAGUAUUUAGGUAGAGAUACCUGCCUUUUUCUCUGUAAUGAUGAAUUUAUAAAAGGCUAGUAUGUGAGAGCAGUGUUGCUUAAACUAGCAUUUAUUACUUGAAAACAAAAGAAAAAAUACAUGAGGAAGUAAACCAGAAUAGUUCAUAAUUUCUACAAAUAGGAUCUGAUUUCGUCAGCCGAGGCUACAAAGUAUUAGUCAAAACCAAGUGACUAAAUAAAGCAGAAACAGAUUAGCUUUUCACUUUCUUGAAAAUGUCCUGUGCACCAAAGGUUUUAAUGAAGUCCAGUUUAUUUUUCUUUUGUCACUCAUGCUUUCGGUGUUACAUCUGUGAACCCAUUGCCAAAUGCAAGAUCGUAAAGAUUUAUUCCUGUGUUUCCUUCUACAGGUUUUAUGGAUUUAGCUCAUAUGUGGGUCAUGAUUCAUUUUUAGUUAAUUUUUGUAUGUGGUAUGAGGUAGGGUCCAUCCUCAUUGUUUUACAUGUGGAAAUCGAAUUGUCUGAGCACCGUUUGUUGAAAAGACUGCCCUUUUCCUGUUGAAUGGACUUGGAACCCUUGUUAAAAAAAAAUUGGCCAUGCACUUAGGAAUUUAUUUCUGGACUCUCAGUUCUGUUAUGUUGAUCUGUAUGUUUAUCGAUAUUCCAGAACCACACUGUUUUGAUUACUAUAGCUUUGUAGUAAGUUUUGAAAUCCCUCCCAUAUUUUGAAGCACAUUUUAGCUGUCAUAGUUUUAUCUAAAUAUUAUAGUCUCUAAAGUAUAAGCUCCUUUUUUAAAACACAAACAGUACUGUGGCUAUACCUUUAAAAAUUAAUGAUUCAUUAAUAAUAAAUCAAAACAGUGUUCAAAUUUCUUUUGUCAUUUCAUUAUUAUUUUUUUGGUUGGUUCAUGUUGGAAUCCAGACAAAAUCCACACAUUGUUUUGAUUGAUAUGUCUCUUAAGUUUCUUUAAAUCUGUACGUCCUCCAUCCUCUGUUUUUAAGAUAUCACUAGGGAUGUAUAAGGAACCCUGAUGGUGCAGAGGUUAAGCACAUGGCUUAACCAGAAGGUCAGUGGUUCAAAACCACUAGCUGCUGCACAGGAGAAAGGUGGCAGUCUGCUUCCAUAAAGAUUACAGCCUUGGAAAUCCUAUGAGGCAUUUCUACUCUAUUAUCAUAUAGGGUCACUGUGAGUCUGAACCAGCUUGACAGCAGAGGGCUUGGUUUUUGGCUUUAGGGAUGUAAAAUCAAAUUUCUAUGUUUCCCAAUCACUUGAAGUAAUUUGUUUCCGUGGUGUUAAACUUCCAAGUGCUACACAAU